UGCAUUUGUGUGUCUCCUGCAUUUGUGUGUCUCUGUAAGUCUGACUAUCUGGUUCUCGCCUGGCAGCUGUCUGGCCGUGUAUCGGAUCCUUGUUGUCACGGAGACCCGUCCACAGAGACGGCCCACCGGGGGAGGAGAGGGCUUCAGGGCGACCCUCACCUGGAUGAGACACCGGGGGAAGGGCGAGAGGAGGAGGACGAAGGGAAACCAAACCACUGACAAAGGGGAAUAUUAACAACUCGGAAGUUCAUUUUGGAUUAAUUCACACUGAACAAGCAAGGAUGGGCUUUGAUCUCGAGAGGUUCGUGGGCUAUGUCAACGACGGCCUGCUGUGCUGUGUGUGUCGGGACGUGUUGGAGCGCCCCCUGCAGGCCCCCUGUGAGCACGCCUACUGCAGCGCCUGCAUCAGCAGCUGGCUGCUCCACCACCACUCCUGCCCGGAGGACCGCACGCCGCUGGACGUUGGUAGCCUCAAACCGCUCUACAGGUACAUGAGGAACGACCUGGGCCGACUGCAAAUCCGGUGUGUGAAUGCAGGCCAGGGCUGUGAGACGGUGUGCCCCCUGGAGACCCUGCACACACACGAGGAGGAGUGUGAGUUUGCCUACAUGGCGUGUCGGAACACAGGGUGUCCGGUGCAGGUGGAGAGGCGUGGCUUGGAGGCUCACCUGUCAGAGUGCAUGUUCCGCAGCAGGGAGUGUCCCAAUGGCUGUGGCCACACCCUUCUGUCCGUUGACCAAUCACAGCACAACUGCGUGGCAGAGCUGCGCACCGAGGUGGAGAUGCUCAGGGCGGAGAUGUUGAGCCAGGUGGACGAGGUGAGGCGAGAGAUGGAGUCUCGCCUGGACUCCCAGAGGAGACACAUGGUGCAGAAGGAGUCCCAGUUGAAGAACGACGUGGAGGAGCUCAAGGGCCAGUUAGCGCGGGUGAUGUGUGACGUGCGCGCCCUGCUGGGGUCAGAGCGUCUCAGGAGACGAGAGUUGGCAGAAGCAGAGCUGGAAAAAAGAGAGCUCUUAGAGCUCCUCAGAGACCUCCAGCCAACCAGGAGCCAGAUCCCAGCUGAACAGCCAACCAGGAGCCAGAUCCCGGCUGAACAGCCAACCACCAUCCAGCAUCAGGAAGACCCUCAGCCAAUCUGGUGGGAGCUCCACAGGGAAGAGCCAAUAAGACACCAGCAGUUGGAGGGAUUCUCACAAGGCGCCUAUCAGUCAGCGUCUUCUGGCCAGUGUGGAGGUGCCUUGAGCACACCCCAUUCUCCCCUGAUGGGAGAGGAACCGGCCGAGACCAGCCCCCGCAGUGUCCCCCUAGACUGCAUCAAGAAGAAGAACCGCGAAGUGACCAUCAUCUAAGCGCACUCGGAGGGACUAGAGCCCUACAGUAACAGCAAUGAAGUGAUGAGUUAGGCUGGGAAGUUUGUUUUGGGUGUUUUAGAAUUGGUUCUGCAUUAAACUCAAUACGGACUCCUUUCAUGCCAAAGGUGAGUAAGAGUGAAAGGACGUGUUGCUGUUGUGAUAAGACAUAUGUCCUGGUGAUGAUACCUGAUAUUAGGGCAGGAAUAGACACUGUAUUAGGGAUGGUUCGUAAUGAUAAUUUUGAACGAUUUGUUAUUGACAUGUUGAUCAAAUAUGUAUUUCAGGAAAUUAUCUUUUGAUUUAACAAAUGUUUCAUGUCGUCUUCAAAUCUGUGAUGAAUAUCUAAUGCAAUUAAAUGGCAGAUGCAAUAAUUUAUUGAAUGACUAAGAAUGCCAGACCUGCUGUUAACUGCGACUUCCUGGAGGAGGCAUAAUGUAAUUUCAACAAGCUUAGCUUUUGAUCUACUCAGAAUUUUCUAUCCAUCUAACUGAACCUGUAUUUUUUAUAUAUUUAAUAACAUCCCAUCCCAAUAAA